AUGACUAACGAGAUCGAGGACAAAGGAGUCUCUACCCAUGCAGAAAUCAACAGCUUAAAUCUCCCGCCCACAACACACAAGUUCAAGUUCUCGGCAAAGUCGAAGUCCCAAGACGGCGAUGUUGCGUUGAGGCUCUUUGCCGACGUCGACGACCUCCACGAACCAAUCGACCCGGGAGAGGAGAAGAAACUCAUUCGCAAAAUCGAUCUCCUCAUUUUGCCCUUGAUCGCUGUCAAUUAUGCUUUCUUCUAUAUUGACAAGACUACCCUCUCCUACGCCGCCAUUUUCGGCAUCAGAGACGACCUGAACCUCCACGGCACCCAGUAUAGCUGGCUGAGCAGUUUGUUCUAUUUUGGCUUCCUCGUCUGGGCAUUUCCGACGAAUUUCCUUAUGCAAAAAUUGCCUCUGGGCAAAUACGUUGGCUUCAACAUAUUCCUUUGGGGGUUCUUCCUGAUGCUCCAAGCCGCUUGCAACAGUUUCGCAACUUUGGGUGUCCUCAGAGUACUCGCUGGCAUGGCUGAGAGCUGCUCAGACCCUUCCUUCAUGUUGAUCACACAGAUGUGGUAUACUCGUAAAGAGCAGCCCUUGAGAAUUGGUCUGUGGUACACUGCCAACGGUGCCGGGAUUGCUCUCGGUGGACUCCUCGGUUACGGUAUUGGUCACAUCAGAGGUGCUUUAGCAUCGUGGAGAUAUGAGUUCCUCAUCAUCGGCGCCCUCUGCUGCAUCUGGGGCAUCGUCAUCGGCAUCUUCAUGCCUGACUCGCCCGUAACCGCCAAAUUCUUGAACGACCGGGAGAAGCGGAUUGCUGUGGAGCGUCUGAAGAGCAAUCAAACAGGGGUAGAAAACAAGCAUUUGAAGGCAAUACCUUCCCAUCUCUUUCUUCAUCGCUUCCAAGCAUCUCCCUACCAGAUCGUUGAGGCCUUUACCGAUAUCAAGCUCUACCUUUUCUUCUUCCUCGGCGUGGUGGGCAACAUUCCUAACGGCGGCAUCUCCAACUUUGGUACACUUAUCAUCAAAGGUUUCGGCUUCUCCACGCUCGUCACAACUCUUAUGCAAAUCCCAUAUGGCUGCUUCAUCAUCGUCUCGAUUUUGACAUGCGUCUACCUGAACGACCGGUUCGAAAACAAACGCUGCCUCUUCAUCCUGAUCUUCUUGUGUCCCAAUAUCGCAGGAGCAUUUGGGCUGCGCUUCGUCGAUCCCGCACAUCACGUCGGUCGGUAUAUCUGCUACCUGCUGACCGGGCCCUACAACGCCGCGUUUGUGAUGAUCCUGUCGCUCCAGAUUGCCAAUACAGCAGGCCACACCAAGAAAGUGGUCACAAACGCGGUGCUGUUUCUGGGCUACUGCACUGGCAACAUCGCCGGUCCGUUCUUCUACAAGACCGACCAGGCUCCCGGUUACAAUCUGGGCAUCUGGAGCAUGAUUGUUAGUCAUCUCAUUGAAGUUGUCGUUGUGGUCGCCUUCUGGGCCCUGAUGAGAGCCGAGAACCGUCGACGCGACAAGGUCCAGGCUGAGGAAGAAGGUGGUCUCGAAGGCCGAGACCUGGACGCUACCGCCUUCGGUGACUUGACCGAUCGUGAGAAUAUGAACUUUAGGUACAUUUACUAG